AUUUCAAUGAAAUUCUUUAAUUAACCGAUAUUAAAGUUUCAGUCUCUAAAUGGUUUUCUUACGUUAUACAAAUCGGACUUCCCAGAUAUCUUCUAAAAAUUACAUUUAAAAUCAUCGAUAUCUAUGAUUGAAAAUGUGUUGUAAUUGUUGUAGUGUGCUACAGAAGAAAAUCUGGGUUAUAACAAUUGGAAUAUUAUGCGUAGUAAUUGGAGUAACUUUAAUCGUGUUUUCACCACAUUCAAAGGAUUACAUUGCCCAUAGUUAUUUACCCCUAAGUCCGAACUCAUGGAUGUUCAACAAAUGGUUAAAUCCACCUAUGACAAGUUACAUGUGUGUGUACUUAUUCAAUUGGACAAAUAUGCAUGAGGCAACAAACCGUAAUGUUAAACCAAACUUCAGUCAACAUGGUCCUUAUGUUUUUCGUGAGACAAGGUCUAAAGAAGAUAUCAUUUGGCAUGAAAAUGACACUAUGACUUAUUACAAUCGUAGGUCGUGGUUUUUUGAAAAGGAAAUGUCUGGUGGCUCGUUGGAUGAUGCUAUUAUUCUUCCUCAUCCACCAACUGUGAUAGCAGCAAAAGAAGUUCAAAACAUGAAUCGCUAUGUAAAGAAAAUAUUAAACUACUUCCUAAAGACCGAAGGUGGAUCGUUGGGAGUUAAUAAAAAAGCUGAAGAAUGGAUUUUCAAAGGCUUCCCUGAUCCGAUGACAGAAUUUGUUGGACUUUUCCUAACCGAGCUAACUUCAUUGCGUUUGGAAAAGUUUGGAUUCUUAUAUGGACGAAAUGCAUCAAAAACAUACGAAGGAACUUAUACAAUUCACACUGGUCAAAAAGAUUUGUCCAUGUUGGGUGAACUUGCCAAAUGGCGUGGUAAAAAUCAAUCUAAUUCUUUCGAAGGAGAAUGCAGUCGAAUAAAUGGAAGUACUGGAGAUCUUUUUGCACCAGAACAUGGUCCCGAUGAUAUACUUUCGGUAUUUAUACCUGAUACUUGUCGUUCGAUAAAUUUAUUCCCUGGAGAAAAAAUGAUUUAUCGUGAUAUAGAAGCUGUGAAAUAUACAACCAAUGAUAUGACAUUUGACAGUGGGCAACUUUAUCCAAAUAUGAAGUGUUAUUGUUCGGGCAGUGAUGAGAGUAAAUGCCCGCGAACUGGAGUUAUUGAUUUGGGACCUUGUUUGUAUGGAGCUCCAUUGUAUUUAUCACUGCCACAUUUUUUAAAUGCUGAUCCUAGUUAUGCCGCUGCCAUAACAGGAAUGGAACCUGAUCCUAAAGAACAUAAUUUUUACAUGAUACUUGAGCCAAGAUUGGGUUGCCCACUUUCGGGUAAUGCUAAUAUGCAAAUAAAUAUGCUUGUGGAACCACAUGAUAGUAUUGAAAUGCUAAAUGAUGUAAAUGAAUUUUAUGCACCUUUGAUAAUAUUGUCAGAACAAGGAGAUAUAGACGAAAGUUUUGCAAUACUUGUCAGGUUGUUUUUCAAAUUCCCAGGAAUUUUCUUAGGAAUUGGAAUUGCAAUUUUGGUUAUAGGACUGAUACUUCUAUCAAUGGCAAUCUAUUUAUCCUGUACAAAUAAAUGGGAAGGAAACAGAAAAAGAGAUGAUAUCUUUUCAAAACAUUAAAUAUUCUAAUACUCUGUUAUUGUAAUGAUUGUUAUAUUGAAUGAAAUUAUGAAAUUUGCAUGUGAUACUAACAUUAUUCUAUAAUUUAAGUAAAUUUUUGAUAAGAACA